CGGAACUCCUGUCAGCUGAACGGCAGCUUCCAGCGCACCUCUCGCUCCCCGGCACCAUCCAGGACUCCGGCGCUGCGUCCGCGGGCUCCGCUCUCGGGGCGUUCGGGGGAAGGGCUGAAAGAUGUCUAACUCUAAAAAGAAAAUGGGGUUCGGCAUUGUCACCUCUUGAGAAUCCAGAUCCUGCUCCAAUGCUGGGAGAAGCCCAGCUGCAGCCAGCAGCACCUCAGCUCCUGUGAUCCCAAAUCUUUUGCCUUCCAAAUCCACGUCUCAAGUCUGAUCACUUUAUUCUGCCUGCUAGUACCACAAAUGGCUACACAGAGAAAGCACUUUGUGAAAGAUUUCAACCCAUAUAUCACCUGCUGCAUCUGUAAAGGGUAUUUGAUCAAGCCAACUACCGUCACCGAGUGCCUGCAUACUUUCUGCAAGAGUUGUAUUGUGCAACACUUUGAAGACAGCAAUGAUUGUCCCAGAUGUGGCAAUCAAGUACAUGAGACCAAUCCAUUAGAAAUGUUACGGCUGGAUAAUACUUUAGAAGAAAUUAUAUUUAAGCUGGUUCCAGGACUUCGAGAGAAAGAAUUGCACCAUGAAGCUGAAUUCUGGAAGAAAAACAAACCUAUAGAAAAUGGAAAAGAAGAAAAUGCAAAUUCUGAAAAUCCUAAAGAUGGUGAAAAUGGAGAUGAAAACCAAGAUAAUAAAGACUAUCACAGGAGCGACCCACAGAUUGCUAUUUGUCUGGAUUGUUUACGUAACAAUGGGCAGUCUGGUGAUAAUGUAGUAAAAGGGUUGAUGAAGAAAUUCAUACGGUGUUCUACACGAGUAACUGUAGGAACGAUAAAGAAAUUUCUAAGUUUAAAAUUAAAGCUUCCAAGUUCUUAUGAGCUGGAUGUACUAUGCAAUGGGGAAAUCAUGGGGAAGGAUCAUACUAUGGAAUUCAUCUACAUGACAAGAUGGAGACUACGAGGCGAAAAUUUUCGGUGUCAGAACUGCUCCUCAUCACAAGUCUGCUCACAGGAUGGCUCUUUUUAUCAGUCUUAUCCCAUGGUACUCCAGUAUCGACCCAGAAUUGACUUCAGUUAAACCAAAGGGCCAGAUUCCACUGAGAUUAAACCUGCACUAUGUUGUUUACCCAUCGACAGAUUGCACAAUGAAUGGAUGUGCCUGGAUUGGGGGGGAGGGGGGAAACCACUCGAAUUUCAACCUGCGAAUAUGGACUUCUCUUCAGUUGAUCAAUUACUUUGUCCCUACUGUUAGAAUAAACCAAGUGCCAUUCUGCAACUGAAACAUUCACGAUAUAUUUGUGGCAUCAAAGACUGUAAAUUAUAGCCAAAUCAUUAAAUGUAUAGUUAAGAAUCAGAAUCUCUUGAAUACUUGCUUUGCCUGAUAGAAAACUUCCAUAACACCAGUUACAAUUAGAAAAAAUAGCUGUCUUCUAUUUCUCUUGUGGUAUUGUUGUUUUUUCACAUGUACUGUUUUACUGAAGAAAAAGUUGUUUAAAAGUACUGUAUAAAAGGUUAAAACUAUACCUUUAAAUAUUUUGUAUAUAAUACAUGUUUCAGAAAAGUGGUUAUUUUACCACUACUUUUUCUUGUUCAGCUUCUCAUAGAAUCUGAUGUAGUUCACUCAUUGAUAUGCAGUGAUCAUUUAGCAGUAUCUGAACAAUUAGAAUUUGUAUCAAAGGAGUUGAAAACAUCCAGACUGAAUUGAACUUGACUGGUAUAAUAUCAUAUGAUCUCCUUUCAAUAAUACACAAGACUUUUAUUUAAAGUUUUGAUUUGGAGUAAUAAGCACAUAGGCACAUGUGCAGCAGGUAAAAUAAGAGUUUUUAAAAGAAGAUAUAUUUUAAAUUUUAUUAUAAUUCAACUAAAAAGAAAAACACAAACUGUUGUGAAAACUUUAUUCUCAAAGUGUGGGUUAUAUUUUUAAUUGUUGUUGCCUUCCCUUUGAAAUUUGGUAAUAAUACUAGAAAGUUGUGGGUUGAAAUUGUGGUCUUAAAUGUGUUGGAUUACAGCCACUGGAAUGGCACAUGCUUCUGUAUACUUUGAACAUAUUCAGUAAUAUGCAUCAGUACGCUUAUAAAAUGGCCAGUUUAAUUGCAUCACAGGCACAGUCUAGGGUUACCAGGAAUCUUACUGUUGUUAUAAAAUGGGUGUCAAGUGUGAAACUCAAGUAAAUUUAAAUGGUUACAAAGCUAUGUGACCAAAAC